AAAUGAAAACACUUUUUUUUUUCUCACAUUUAUAUUAAAACGUUUUACAUGUUUAUUCUUUCAUAAAUGAAUAAACCUAAUGUUUCUUGUUCAAAAUAUUUAUGGUGCUAUAUAAUAAAAUUUCGUUUCAGUAAAACAUAACAAACAAUAAAUUUAGUAUCUUAUCGGCAGGGUUGAUUUAUUCGUAUGCAGAAAUAAAAUAUCGUAACAGCACAACAGCCCUAUUUCUUUCGUCCAAGAAAUUUUUUGAAGUGUUUUUUGGGCAGCCGAGUUCGCGAGUACAAGAACGAUUCGUAGUGAAAUGCAAAAGAAACAUUAAAAUAAAUCGAAUAGUAUUUAACUAAUUAACCAGUACCUAACAAUAAAUUCUAAAUAUUACUUUAGUUAUAAAUAAUAACAAGUGUAUGUACAUUGAUUAUCUAAACCGCCAACCGGUCGAAAAGUUGUGUGUGAAAAAAUUUCUUUGCUUUUCGCUCUCUCCAUGCAUUCGCGCAUUCGUAUCCAGUCCGCGCGGACCUUUCAACCGACAGUAUUUUCCCCUCCUUUUUCGCUGCUCUGCACAAUUCCAACGUCGAUGAAGGUAAUGGCAGCAAAAGCAAAGUCAGCAAACGCGCUGCUUCCAGUGUCAAAGUGAAUCGAGUGUCGUCGACGUCGUUGUUGCUGGCGUUAAGUGAAUGUGAAAGAAGAAUGGAAAAGUGCACAUACAAAUAUUGAAUUGAAGCGAAUGAUAGCAGAAGUGGAAUAAUUGCUAGCUGUGCAAAAAAGUUUUCAUAUAUAAAUUUUUUCUACAGUUCUGUAUAUUUUUUUUGCUGUUGUAAUAAUUAUAUUGAAUGAAAAGUUCAAAUUAUAUAAAAAGUGCUUGUGUAGUUAGAUGCAAAAAAAAAAUAUUUAACGUUUAUUGACGUUGUUAUAAGAAACAGAUCAAAAGUUUGGUGAAAGAGGAAGCAAGUGAAAAGUGCAAAUGUGAAUGUGUGCCGCAAGUGAGGCGAAAAAAUGUACAAACGUCCCCCAAUUGUCAGUGGCUAGGUCGUCGUCGUCGGCCGUUUCGACAUCAUCAUAUUCCUCCACUUUUCGACGUCAUCGCGUGACAUUUAUCAACAUUUGGGUUCGUCAUUGGCGCCUUCUUAUAAUAAAACGCUUAGUUUAACGCGGUUGCAAACUUCUUUCGCUGUGUUGCAAGACGUAGAAUUGAAGUGUCAAAACUUUGCUGUGUAUUUGUCUUGUGGAAAUUGUUGGCUAAUUAACUACAUACAUAUAUUCACACAGGAUUGCAGAUACAACGAAGACCGACAAAUCCGAAAAAUAGUAUUGAAUCAACGGAAUUAACUAUAUAAUUUGUAAAUAGAAUCAAUUGUAAAGAUUAUGUACAUAUUAAACGCCGCAAAUGCAUCAUAAACAAAAUAAAAAACAUGGACUGAAAAUUGAAAAAAUCUGAAAAACACGCAAAACGGAACAGGAACAAUGUAAAUUUACAGCAUGACUUAAUGAAAGUCGAAACUCAGAAAGUCGAAGUGUGAAGGCGGAAGUCGAAAUUCCGAAAAGCUGGUGGUGAGGGUGCGACACAGGCCGCAGAAGCCUUAUGUUGUAGCGGACCAAUACCAAACGAAAUGAUAUACGAUAAGCGAAGAAAAACACAGGACUACAGCGAAGGACUAAAGAAAUCCACUGAUGGUUGUACAUAAGUGUUAUUGCAUGACGCACAAAACCCCGGAUCAGACCGCAUAAUCCCCUUGGAAAACGGAAAAGAAAACAGUACAAGUAAAGCAAACAAAAAAAAGCGUAAAGAAAAUAAAAAACUCAAAACGCAAAGUAAAAAGUUGUAAUACAAAAUUUACAGCAAAAAAACACCAUAUACAACAACAAAGGCAACGCCGAAAAACGAGCAACCUAAAAUUACCAUUUAUAGCGCAAAUGUAUGUAAGCACAAAUGGGGACAUUUUGAGAACGCGCACAUCCAACAACGCAUGUCUUCAACAAAAACAACAACAACAACAGCUAGCACCAACUACAACCAAUAAUAACCAACAUUGCCAACUCACCAUUACUAAAUACUAUAAUCAACCUUGUUUUACCCGUCUCUGACGUCCGUCAACGUAAUAAGUAAAAUACCAUAGAAGUGACAUUAAGACAGUGACCGCCAGCGUAUCGCACACAAAAUCAAAUAAAUAUACGUGUUUGUAAUAGUAUUAGUUGUUGUAGUAGUAGUAGUAGUAGCUGUGCUGCCGCAUAUUCACCGUUAUUUGAAAUAAAAAAAUAUAUAUAAUAGCCGCAUUUGCCGAAAAAAUGUUGCAAGACACCAAUAGCAGCGCCAUACAGCCAAAAGUCGUUGUAAUACGACGACGUCCGAAUCAAGGUUUCGGUUUUACGCUGCGUCAUUUCAUUGCCUAUCCACCGGAAGAUGAUCCCUCUUGGCCACAGGAAGCAUCUGAUCCGUACCACCACCAAGUGAAAGCGAUGGAAACCAUUUUCAUAAAAGAAGUUCAAACGAACGGACCUGCUCACUACGCCAACCUGCAGACGGGCGAUCGCGUUCUAAUGGUGAACAACACACCCAUCGCCGGGCUUGCAUACAGUACAAUCGUGUCGAUGAUCAAGCAAACGCCUUCAGUGUUGACGUUGCAUGUAGUGCCCAAGGAGUGCGAUGUACUGCAGAUGCAUUAUACGAGUAUUGCGCACACACCAGAAACUAAUCGUCUUGCCACAGCGCCUCGACCCAUACCGUCGCCCGUGACUGUGGGCAAUGGUAAUACAGCUGGCGCAUUAAUACCAAUCACACCAGCUGCUGCAGCGUCGGCGGCUGCAUCUGCAUCUACAUCUACAUCUACAUCGACAACAAAAUCAUUUUCACACCAACAGCAGCAAUUGAUCUCAUAUCCACAGCUGAGUGGUAAUAGUGGCGGUGUAGUUGUUGGCGCCGGUGGAAAGGCUAGUCGUUCGGGCAGUGUUACGAGCUCGGGUAGCAGCAGCUUCCGUCCCACAGCGGUGGGGAGUGGCGAGUUUAUCGAUAUGUCAUCGCAGGGAAUGCACCAGCACAACAGCGGCCGUUUGCUGAUACGAGACGAUGGCGGCGGUGGAUUUCUGUCGCGCUCUCAACCGCCGCCCAAUUUGACAGUAUUAUCCCGACAACAACAGCAACAACAUCAACUCUAUCACACACAAUCAGCUGCAGCGGCAGCGGCCGCAGCCAAUUCCGCCUUCUAUGCCCCCGCUUCGGGUGUCGGCGCCGUUGACACAAGCGAAUUGAUGAUACGCCUACGUGAAUCGAUCAAGCAAAAAGAGGAAUUCCUUAAAUCACCGCUGCCACACACGCACGCCACGCUGCACAGCGUACCCGCUGUGAGCCACACCGCCCAACAGCAUUUCUUCCCGCCGCACACACCACCGUCGGGCAGCCCGCAAUUGUCUAUGGUGUCGACGACAUCGACAUCAGCCGGUUCAUCAGUGCUGAGCAGCAUAGGUGGCGGCGGCGGCGGACCGCGUGGUCAGGUGCGUACACUCGUUAAACAACCACUCUCGGCGACAUCCUCAUCGGCGUCUAGCACGCGUGAGCUGUUGCCCGCCAACGUCAGUGCAAUUGAAAUGCAUCAAUACUACGGCAGUGUAAGCAGCACCGGUAGUGCUGGUAAAAACCACGUUGCGACCACUAGUGGUGGUGUUGGCAGCGUCGGUGGCAAUUAUAUUAGCAUGGAGAGUGCUAUGAGUCGUGGCAGUGCGUUUAACGCGGCGACAAGUGUGAGUGUGAGCGCUGCUGGCGUAAGAGCUGCCGGCGUUGAAACGGCGCCCUUGCGACGUGCAUCUGGCAAUGGCAGCGCAAGCAGCCGUGUGAGCAACAACAAUGGCAUGGGUGAUAAAUAUGUAAAGGAUUUGGAUUAUUUGGAAACGUUGCAGGAGACUGGAGUCACCAAUAAAGUUUUUGAACGCAAACUCGUCUCUCAUCUCGCCAAAGGCUUUGAUCCCUUCCAACCGCUCUCCAUCAACACAAACGCCUGCGUUGAGCCUAGCGCCAGCGCAGCAGCUAGCAAUGUGAUGCUGAUAAAGAAACCUACAGUGCUCUACGAAUCGCUGCAACAUCAUCCGUUGCAUCAGCUACAGGUACAACAACUGCAGCAAACACAGCAAGCGCAAACAUCACACGCGCCAAUGCAAUUGUCAAAGUUGCAACAGCAUCAGCUGCAACAACAACAACAGCAUGCCAGCGGCAGUGUUGUGGACGGUGCUCAGUAUAGUCGCAUGGAGAUCCACAAGGCCAGUUUGGCUACGACUACCAUCGAUCAUGCGCCGUCAAAUAAAUACACUGGCAAAUUACCGGAAGCUCUUGGAUCAACAACAACAACAGUUGCGGUGGCUGAACCGAAACCGACACUCACUGAUAUCGCCGAAAGCAACGAGGUGGUGUCAGCAAGCAGCCAAGUGGCUACAACGACUGGCACUUCCUCCGAUGGCAGCGGUGCUGCUGUGGUGCGUCGCUUUAAGCCGAUGUCCUCGUUUGACGAUAGCAAACCGAUGCGUCGCAUUUCAUAUCUACGCGCCACUAAUAAUGAAACCGAUUACUCAACCUCGGACACAUCCACUACAUCGUUGACUGGCUUGAAUAACAGUGUUGUUGGCAUUGGUGCACCGCCACUGAUUGAGGUGACAUCAAAACAAUCGUCACUCGAUGAUGAUGAUGUUGACGAUGACGAUCCUACAUAUGACGUGGUGGCCUGCGAUGAACGCGUACAAAUACAAACCCCAACCGAAUUGAUGGCGGCCACGGCGCAGGAGCAGUUGGAGCAGCAGCAACAGCAUUUGAAAGAUAGAGCGAGUGUCACUGCAGAGGCGGCUAUUGUGGCGGCAGUGACGGCCGCAGGUGUUGGUGGCGGUGCUGCGGCGGCUUUAAGUGAAAGUAGACGCGAAUCGGUGAAUAGUGAAAUACGAAAUAGCGUUCACAUUGACGAUGUAAUCGCAGACAUAAAUGGCAAAUUGGAGACAAAGGAUGUGGCUACCGAAAUGGAAGUGUUCGAAACUGAAAUGGAGAUUAAGUCGUCGUGCAUCAAUGGAAAGCGUCUAUCGGAUUAUCGGUCUUGGCGCCAAGUGAAAAUCGAAAUCAAAGGCGAUAUUUUACGCAUCUAUCCCGGUCGUAGUUGUAAGGAGAGCAAUAUGAUAGAACUCGAUAUUAGAAAUUUUAAAAUCUUCGAUGAAUCAGUCGAUAAAAAGAAAUCCUACAUGUUUCGCAUGCAAUCGAAACCAACGCAAAUCGCAACUUUGGGCAAUGAGUUGAAUCUGGAUGAUGUGCCUGACAAGUUGACGUCGUCGGGCAGUAGUGCUUCGACCACAGCGUCACAUGUGGAGCCACAACAUCACCAGCCCCACCAACAACCCACAGAAAUAUUAUUUAAAACGAAAAGCAUGACGGAAAUGAAACGCAUUUUCGGUUUAUUGCAAUGGAAGAAUAGUUUAAUUUAUGAUGAUAGUGAUCUUCAAGGCAGGCAAUUGGCUGAGCCGCAGAAAACCGCGGCUAUCUCUAGCAUGCCAACAGCAACAUACUGUGAUGAUAACGUACAACACCAACAAUUACAACCAGAAUAUUCACCAUUAAGCACAAUAUCACGCGGUGGCGAUACAGAGAUCAUAUCCGACUCUAUCUCGCCAGUGAUGAAAACGCGCAAAUCAUCUUCACACAAAAAUAUACCCGAUAAAGAUUUAGGUUCACCAAAAGCCAAAAAUUGGAAAGAUUUACUUUUUAGACGUGGCGGCGGUAGUAGUAGCCACAAUGCGGACAUUUCGCCGUCAAGCCUAGCUUCUGGUGGCAAGACGACAGGUUCCAUUGGUGUGCCCUUAAAAUCAUGUCCGAUGUCCAAGAGCAACGAAUAUGUGCCGCUGUUAGUGGAUGUCUGUACAAAUAUUGUCGAAACGAAGGGUCUCGGUAUUGUAGGUAUUUACCGUAUACCCGGCAACAAGGCUGCCAUAUCAGAGCUAUCGGAACAGGUAAAUAAAUCCGACUUUUCAUGGGAUCGCUGCAACACGGACGUCAGGUGGGAGGACGUGAAUGUGGUUUCGAGUCUGCUAAAGCAAUACAUACGCAAUCUGCCCGAUGCUUUGCUACCAUGUUCCUUCUAUAUAAAUUUCAUUGAAGCUGAUAAGAAGACGGGAUUAGAACGUAUAAAGGAGCUUAAAGAGUUGCUUAACACGCUACCGCGUUACUCCUAUGAGACGUUAAAACAUUUGAUACGACAUCUGAGUCGUGUUAGCAAAAAUUGUGAAGUGAAUUUAAUGGAGCCGAAAAAUUUGGCGAUAAUUUUCGGGCCUUCGAUAAUACGCACACCAAACGAUACAUUGGAGAUUGCUGUGAAGGAUAUGAAACAUCAGUGCCGCAUAGUUGAGUUACUCGUGACGCAGUAUGACUACUUUUUCGAGAAUGGUCCCUUGCCCGAUCUAGCUGACGUUACAGGCAACACGCCCAUUGCGUCCACCUCCAGCUGCGCCUCCGGUGCACUACACACCCAAGAGGAUCAGACGAAUAUGUUACUGCACAAUGUAUCGAAAAUUGAACGACUAACCGAGCGAGAGUCGUCAUCCACAACACGCACAUCCCGUUUCAUUCCACAACUGCGACGGCGUACACAUAGUAAGCGUGGCGCUGUCAGCUCGGAUACCUACUCGGGCGAAAGUGUGUUGGUAAGCGAAAUUCAAAAUCUGAAUCAGAGUCACAAUGCAUAUAUGAGUUCGAAUAACAAAAACAAAAACAAACAUAAACGCAAAUCAUUGCAAUCAUCCAUCAACCUCAAUCAAACCAUUACUAAACUCAUUUCCGCACCACACAACAUGCACAACGCCCUACUUAAGUACAACAUAACCAGCACCAAUUCCAACACCAACAACAACACUACUACACAAUCCACACCCAAUAUAUGCGUGGCAGCAGCCACAACGUCCACUAAGCCUUUAAAGCAAUGCGCAUCGGCCAGUCGCCAACAGCAGCUGCAGCAGCCGCCACUGCAGCAAAUGCAAAAGCAGCAGCUGCAGCAGCAGCGGCGCCGCAAAGCCGUGCCCACAAUUUAUGAUAUUGGGCUAACAUUGCGUGUACAAUUUCAGUCAUUGGAUUCCACCAAAUCCGCUACCACAGCGAUGACAACAAGCAGCAGCUCCACCAAUGCCACCACAGCGUCGUCGAGUAGCGGUAGUGGCGGCAGCAGCAGCGUAACAUCCACGACUCAAAAGACGAAAAAGGAGCGUAACUUCCUAAUCAAUCACAGCGGUGGCGGGUUUGUGCGUCUGCACCAUCGAAAAGCCAGUCUGGAUGAGAAGGACUCGGGCAGCUGUAGCGGCUCGGGCAGUGGCAGCGGCGGCAGCAUGAGCAAAGAGCAGCAACGCAGCAGUGUCGAUAUAUCGGUGCUGCUCACCGAUGAUGAGUCGAGCAAUAGUCGCAGUGAUACGGGUUCCAUGUCUCUGACCACCAUCACCGAUACACUAGACUCGAAAUUGCGCAACUUGCGUAGCGGUUCCGAAUCGAAUGAUGAGAAUGGCUCGCCCGAGUUCCGGAAAAAUCGACGACACACGCUCGGCCAGCCACUGCAUUUGCAUUCUGAAAACAUUCCCUAUGCCGAUGAAUCGCCGGAGCGUCAUUUUCAUUCCUGCCCAUUGGACGCACCGAAUGUACUGAUGCUAAGUCGAUCCUGUACAGCCACCAACACUAUCGUCUCGGCCAAAGCGAAUGAGAGCAAAGAGCAGCGUGUGGCAGCGGUUCUCUCUGCAUACAAAAACAACAAACUACAACAUUCGGCUACCGUGCCCAUUAAUCCCGGUUCGACAACAACAAUUGUGGGCAGCGGCAGUACACCCUCGUCGGCGGCAUCAACGCCAACUGCUAUAUUAACGGUAAAAACGACAAAUACACAAGGUGGUAUCGGCGCUAAUGUGGGCGGUAACGGCAGCGGUGGCAACUUGGCACGUAAUUCCUAUUUAGGGCGUGGCACACGCUUUAACAAACAAGUAUAUGAGCAACAGUGUUGCUCGGACGAUGACUCAGAGGGUUCGACGACAAGCGAUCCGAAAGAUUCGCUCAUCAUAGCAUCGCCGCCGUUUUUUCUAGAUCGUUACAAUAAAAAGCGACGCGAUCAUCGACUCUUCCGCUCCGCUUCGUUCAAUUGCCGCAACUAUUCAUCAUCGUCGGGCAGACACAGCAGCAGCGGUGGUCAUCACACCACCGGCGGCUCAGCCUCAGCAUUGACUAAGGAUGAAAAGACUGAUAUGAAUUUAACGAAGAAGCGACAGAUACAAAACAAACAGAAUCGUUCUAUAAAGCGACGACACACCGUUGGUGGACCGCACGACUAUGUCGGACCCAAUGGCUGUCCGCCGGCGAAUACCAACAAUUGCAAUCAUCAUCACACCUGCAAGGUGACGACUGGUGCGGGUGGCACUACAACAACCACCACCACUGUGUUGCGACGCAUUCCUAUACCAAGCGCUAAUGGCAACAUCAGCAACAACAACAACAAUAUCAAUACAAAUCUAACACAAGACGGCAACAACGGCAAUGGUGGCGGUGGCAGCGGCAACGGUGGCGGUAACGCCGGCAAUGGCAUAGGCGGCGACAAUGCCGGCAGCGCAACAGUGGCCAUGGCCAGUGGUGCGGGCGGCGAGCACGUGCUGGAAGUGGGCAUACGCAUAAAGAAUAUCAACAGAAGUCGGUAUUAGACACGUAAAAGCGAAUGAGUUAGCUGUAACGUAACAACGUCGAACAGUGCAGUAAGCAGCGCAAUUGCAAAAACAGUUGCAAACAAAAGAUAAACAAGAAAAAACACCAAUUAGUUAUUAAGUUCACAAAUAUAAAAAAAAAGUCAGCAGCGUUCAUUUAAAUGUGUGUGUAAAAAAUAAGAAUUCUAGUAUUAGCAAGAAAACAGUUAUAAUUAAAAAAAAAAAAAACAAUGAGAGCAAAAAAGAAAAAGCGCAAAACUACAAUGAAGAAAGUGCUGAGGAUAUUUAUGCUGUGUGUCACGAGUAUAUAGUAUUGCUUAAGAAAUUCCUGCAUGCAUCCAUAAUUGUACAAAUAGGAUUUAGAAUCAACUACUCGAAAACAUCAAGAGUUUGAAGAGUAAAAAGGUAAACUUUGUAAAAUUUUUAUUUUGUAUUUUUGGCUAUAUUUUGACUUUAGUAAAGUAGUCUGUUAUAAAUUAGUAAAUUUAUGUAAAUUAAAUAUUAUUUUAUAACGACUUUUAUUAUUGAAUUGAAGUAGUCUAGUGUAGCAUGUGAAAUUUUUUUAAAACUAUGUGAGAUUAUUAAACAAAAGUAGUGUAUACAAAUUCGUAUUUCAAAAGCAUGAUUUUUUUAUUAUUAAGAAUUUACUUGAUUUUAUAUUUGAAAACUCGCUGGAGUAGAUUAGAGUGAUCAAAUUAGAAAAGAAGUAAAACUGAUACCUAAAAGUGCAUUGUUGCAGAUUUAUGAUUUGAGACAAAUUAACAUUUUAUAAAAAUUUUGGAAAAAACCAAUUUUAUAAAUAUUUUGAAAAACCAAAUUUUGAUUUGAAAUUUAAACAAAAAGAUAAAAAUUAUCCGCUAAUACACCCUCGCCAUCAUAGCAUGAAUAUCCUUAAUGCAAAAAAAUUAAAAAUUAUUAAACAAAUACAUAUACAUAUUAUAUAUAAUAUUAAAUGUAAACGCACUUAUAAAGAUACAACACCUCCCAACGCCUACACACAAGCCAAGCAACUUUAGUGGUAAAAUUACAAAUUAAAAACCAAAAAGAAAAUACUACAAAAAAUAUUUAUUUAUAGCAAUAUAAAUAAGACAUCAAAAUUGCAUGAACGGAUGAAGAUUGUCAGUUGGAAAAGUAUUUUUGGAUCGAAAUUGUAAUGUGACAAAACUGUUUUUUGUAGUAAUUUUAGUUUUUGAAAAAUAAUUCUGAAUAGGCAAAAUAUAGAUAGAGUCUGUUUUUUUUUUUGUUUUUAGUUUAAUCAGAAGUCGUGUUAUUUUAAAAAAUAUUAUGAGAAGAGCGUCAGAGCUGAUACUCUUUGGCCAUAUAUAAAUUAAAGUCCGCUGCGGUUACGUACAUCCAACUAUUGUUGUUGUUUGUAUACCUUGAACAUGGUAUAUUAAGUACGUGUAUGUACAAUAUACAAAGGAUUAGCAUGAUGAGCUGCGCCGAUUUAGCCGUCCGUCUGUUUACACGUGAACUAGUCUCUCAGUUUAAGAGAUAUCGAUCUGAAAUUUCGCAGACGUUUUUUUCUUCUGCUCAUUUGUCGGUGCUCAUUUGUCGGUGCCACCGCUAGCGGACUACUAUAGCUUAUAGCUGCCAUACAAACUGACAAAUCAAAAUGCAGUUGUUGCAUGGAAAAUUUUUGUAUUUGAAGAGAUAUGGCAUAGAAUAUUGUCCAAGUCAACGGUAUAAACUGCGAAGAAAUUAUUCCAAUCGGACUGCUAUAGCUUAUAGCUGCCAUACAAAUUAAAGUUCUUGCAUGUAAUCUUUUGUAUUUGUGAAUGGUAUUAUAGCUUCGGUGCAACCAAAGUUAACGUUUUUUCUUGUUAGACAGGUUCGCUUUCGCUUAUAUUACCCACACAAAAUCAGCAAUCCAAAUAUUCAUCUACAAAGCCUUUCUAACAAGUAAUAAAAUUGAAAGCACUUUGGCGCUUUGACAUACAGUUAUUUUGCAUCCAAUCGUUUUUGUCGCAUUACAGUUAGAUUCCAAAGAGAGAAAAGUAUGUAGACCCUACAAAUAUACAAUACAUACAUAUACAUAUAUAUAUUUUCUGAUAUAUUUUCUUGCAACCCAAAAAACAGAGUUCGUAUGUCUAGCUAACGGGUGAUAAAGUUGAAAUUGUAGCAAAAAGCGAAUACGCCGUGAUUUAUUGUUAAUUAUAUUGUUUUGCUAAUUUCCGGUGUUAUUAAAUUAAGUAUUAUGAUUUUUGCGCAUUUCACCUGACUUGUGUUGUUGUAUUGUUUAAUAAGUUUUCAAUUAAAAAACAUUGUUUUAACUAAAUUAAUUAAAAUGCAUUUUGUACAUGAUAAAAAACAAAAUUAAAAUUAAUUUUCACACACACACACACACACAUUAAUUAUGGAGAGUAAAGCGAAACCUACGCGUUUUGUAAAUUUGCGCUCACUUUUAUAUGGAAAAAUUUUAAAUGAUUUGUAAAUGUACAGCGCUCGGCAUAGUGGAAAUGAUUUUUUUGAAGUGGAAAAUUUGUUGGUAUUUGCUAGGAAAAAAAUUGUAUGUUUUCAAAAGAAAAAAUCAAAGCAUACAUACAUAUUAUACAUGUAUGCUGCGAAAAAUAUUGAAAUGAAUUAAUUUAAAUUAUACAUACGUUUAGAAUAAUACAAAAACCAACUAUUUAAUUGUUUUUAUAUAUUAUUAUUAUUAUUAUUAUUAUUAUUAAUUAUUACUAUUAUUUUUAUUAUUUACGAACCCACGCUCCCCUGUACGUAUGUAUGUAUGUGUAUAUGCAUGUAACAUAAUUACUAUUUAUUCGAUAAUAAUUAUGUUUGUAUUAAACUAUUUGCAUUGUAUUGUAAUUAUACAUAAAUGAUUAUUUUGAUGAUUGAUUUGAUUAAUAUGCGAUUAAUUUUAAUUUCUGUUAUUUGCUUAUAAAUAAUUACUUAAGUUAUAUUUACAAGCCAAAAUUAUGUUUGGUCAAAACAAAAAAAAAUAUACAACUAUAUAUAUAUAUAUUGAAAUAUUUGUUGUUUAAAUUAUUAUAUUCGCUGAUUUUUGAGGUUAGCUACGGUAUAGGUUAGCAAGCGGUAAACGGCAGGUGCGCGCGUUAGUGUUAGUAGUAUUUGAAUUGUGAAAAAAAUGUAAUUGAAGAGAAUUUAUUUGCAAACAUUUUGUGCCCCCAUUUUUGGAAAGUUUGUAUUGAAAUGGCGUUACAAGCGCUAAAAGUAACACAGUAGAAAUUGUAUGUAGCUCGAUUUAUGAUAUAUAUACAAACACACACACAGAAAUUAUAUUAUAUAUGUAUUUUAUAAAAAGUAUGUACAUAUAUAUACAUGCACAUAUAAGUAUAUAUAUAUAUAUACAUAUAUAUAUUUACCUACCUAUUUACCUAUAAAUGUAUGGAUUUAUUUUUGUGUAAUUACUUAUACAUAUACAAUUAAAUGAAAUGAAAUAAUAAAAGCGAUAAACAAAUAAAAAUUAAAAAUGAACCCACACGGAAGAUUUUCCAACCAAAUAACUGUAAAGUGUCGAAAAAAUCAUGAAUUAAAAUACAAAAAGCAGUAAAUUCUCAAGUAAUUUACAUGAAGAAAGCCUGAGGGAAGUCUCACAUACACACAAACAUACACACACGCAUCAAUAUUAUCAAGAGUAAAUAAACAGAAAUUACAAAUUUAGAAAUGAAACA